AUCCCCAGCAAGUGGGCAAGGUGAUGUCAUCGUUUUGCCUACGAGAGAAAGAGAGAGAGGAGGGACAGAGGAGAGCGAGCAGAGUCGAGAUUAUCAACCAGCCGUGUGCUUGUCUCUCGCGCUGGGUUGGUGGUGAUCGGGGGCCAGGGGGGGUAUUCCUGCGGUGCCGUGGGAGAGGCACUGAUCCUUGGCGCGUGUUAACGCAGUGGCCUUGGGGACGGAGGUUGGAGAUGAACCGCGAGAGCCUGAGGUUUCGAUAAACCGCCGAAUGCACGUGCCUCCUGCACAUCAUGGAAGACGCCCAUAAGACGUGUGCGGCGGAGAGCCCGGCACUCGGGCGAGCGGCUUCGGCGCACGCCGCUGGCCCCAUGGAGGAAGGGAACGGGCAAGCGUCCAACUUCACCCUCACAGCGGCCACACCUGAGCAGGAGAGCAGCGGGUCGGACUCCACCGACGGGAGGUGGGCCGUCGAUCCCAAGAGGAAGAGCUACGACGCCGUUCUCUUUGACGUGCUCAAAGUGGCCCCCGAAGAGCUCGCCAGCCAGAUAACACUCAUGGAUGCUCCAGUGUUCAAGUCCAUCCAGCCGGAGGAGCUCUCGAGCUGUGGGUGGAACCGCAAGGAGAAACACAGCCUGGCGCCCAACGUCGUGGCGUUCACUCGCCGCUUCAACCACGUCAGUUUCUGGGUAAUUCGAGAAAUACUUGAAGCACAAACUCUCAAAAUCAGAGCUGAAAUUUUGAGCCACUUCAUCAAGAUCGCCAAAAAACUUUACGAGCUAAAUAACCUCCACGCCCUCAUGGCAGUAAUCUCCGGCCUCCUCAGCGCUCCAAUAUUCCGCCUCAGUAAAACAUGGGCGUGCCUGAGCCGAAGGGACAAGGCGACCUUCGAUAAGCUCGACUACCUGAUGUCAAAAGAGGACAACCACGCGCGAUUGAGAGAGUACAUCCAGAGCCUCAAGAUGACCCCCUGCAUCCCCUACCUGGGCAUAUACCUGUCGGACGUCGUGUACAUUGACUCUGCCCAUCCGGCAUCUGGCAGCAUCUUGGAGAGCGAAAAGAGGUCUCUGCACAUGAACAACAUACUCAGGGUCAUCUCCGACUUCCAACAGUUCUGUCAAUAUGACUUCCUACCAAUGCUACUCCAUGUCCAAAAGUACCUUCAGUCUGUGCAGUACAUUGAGGAACUGCAGAAGUUUGUAGAAGAUGACAACUACAAGCAAUCGCUCAGAAUCGAGCCUGCGAGUAGCACGCCGCAGCUCGCCAUGUCGAAGGAGGACCUUACAGGGCCGUCCGACUUGUCGUCAUCCCCGCGUGUCGGCAGGAGACCCACGGCCCCCGAGGCGCUCUCCUUCCACAGUCCGGGAGCCACGCCGCCCCUCGCGCGCCACACCCCGCCGUGCUGCCACCGCAAGAGCCGCAGUCUGGGCAGCAGUUUCGUGGGCCCGCAGUCGGGCACGGAGGCCAAGAGCAUGACCCUGCCAGCCGUGCGGCCCCGCCAUCUGCUGGACGACAGCGUCAUCGAGAGCAGCAGCCCCCUGCGCACGGCUACCGACGCCUCCUUUCUCUCCAGCGGCCUCUCCAUCGGCAGUAGCGAAGGGUCUGAGCUGAGCGAGGAGCUCAGCUACGCUGGAUUUGACAGUACACUGCCCCUGCCACCCCACGUGGGGCAAAUGACAAAGUAUGCGACAUGGAGCGCAGGACACAGGAGCAGAUGUGCCAGAGUGCAUUUCAUCAGCAGCUCCCUGGAUUUGGACGACUCACCCCUUCCUCCUCCGAGCAGCCUGGUCACCUUGGAAGGAGCACUGAAGCGCAGGACCAUCUUGAAGGAAGGACGGAGACCAACCAUGUCUCCGUGGACAAGAUACUGGAUCUCUUUGUGCGGAGCAGAUCUGUACUUUUAUUCGGCAAAGUCCAUGAAGGUUGCGGACAGAAAGCAUUUUAAGUCACGUCCAUCUAAGAAGGUCCACAUUGCUGGCUGGAUGGUGGUUAGAGCUGCUGAUCCUGAUCAUUCAACUGUGUUUCAACUCACAGACCCCGAAAGAGGCAAUGUGUACAAGUUUCAAGCUGUGUCAGACGUCAAUGCCAGCCUUUGGGUCAAACAUUUAGAUAAAGCCUGUAAAAGCAACAUCGCCCAGCCACCAGACAACUUGAUGACUUUUGAAUAAUGGUUAUGGACAAGCAACAAGAUUCAACAAUGUGCAAGGCACAUGGCACUUCUGCUUUGAAAAUGUUAAGUUUAAAUGUUGGCACAUGUUAACCUGUGGGUUUACAUGUUCCAUCCAAAGAGAACUGAUUUUCUUGGCGCAAAGCAUUUGACAUCGAAUUCACCGUCUGCGCUGGCUGGAUAAUGAAUUUGAGUGGCUUUUAUACCAUGCAAAUGAAGAUCACUUGAUCCGAGCAUUCAAAUGAAGAGAGACUCGAUGGCUUUCAAAGUUCGUGAAAUGGUUAGAAAAUGAGCCUGAAGACUUGACCACAGUUGCAGUUUCUGCAGCGAAUGAACUGAUUUACAUAACUAGUGCUGUGUUACAAAUGCAAGAUGACAACAUGCCGUUUAGUACGACUGUCCAAACUUUAUGUGCUUUUUAAAGGACCCCAUAUGCAUUUACAUUGAAAUGUUUUAACGUGGUAUAUUUUAACGGAAAUAUAAUUGACGAUAUUUUCCAUGUUCACGGUAUUUUUUUGUAUAUCUAAAACAGUGUUACAGCAUGAUAUUUAUGGGCACUAUGAAGUUGUGUGUUAAAGUAUUGUAGGUUGGUGCCCAAGCACUUACCGUUUCCAUGUUAUGUUUACAAUAAGAGAAACACGUCAUUGUAUAAUGUACUGUAUUCGCUCUACAUAUACAUCAUAUAUGUAACGUUUAAUGUUAUGUUUUAAUGUUAGCUUUUGUGUAACAGGUUCUUGUUCAAGCUUAAUUUUAAGCGAUGGAAUACCUUUCCAUACAUAUCAACUAUUUGUUAAGCUUGUCAAUUUUUACGAGUGUUUUUUUACUAAGAUACUGCAUGCCAAAAUGAUUUUCGCAUUUUAUUUUUAAACGACUGCAAAGUGGGAAUAAGCGAAUGUUAUUUUAAACUACACACUCAUAAUACACACAAGACAAAACUGAUGGUGUAUUAGAGUAAUGCGAUUUUACUUCACUUGUUAGUAAAUAUUUUUAAGUAAUGUACGUUUCAUUUGCAGUAGCAUUUUAAAAUGCUUCUUGUUAAACAAGAAUGGACUGAAUUAUUUCGGAAAUUUAGUUGUAAUAAAUGCUAAAGACUGCACGUUGCUUUUUGUUGAAUGAUUG